CAUUCGAUCAUUCGGAAUCUGUUCCAUUCGACUCGAGACUUGCCUUGAAAUAUACGACAGUUACCGUGAUCUUGUACUCCACCGCAAGAUCACCACCGUUCGCUUGCGACCCCGCUGCAACAGCCACCGAGCUCGAUUGAAAGGGGAAUUUUGCGACGCUGCUGCGAAGCAUUCUUCGGUCUUCAACCGCCUACCACCACCACGCCAUAAAACAAAACCGCCAUCAUGAAGGCUCUAAUUCUCGUCGGUGGCUUCGGCACUCGUCUGCGGCCGCUCACUCUCACCCUCCCGAAGCCUCUCGUCGAGUUCGGCAACCGACCUAUGAUUCUGCACCAGAUCGAGGCUCUCGCUGCCGUCGGUGUCACCGACAUCGUCCUCGCCGUCAACUACCGCCCCGAGAUGAUGACCGCCGCAUUGAAGAAGUAUGAGCAACAAUACAACGUCAAGAUUGAAUACUCGGUCGAGACAGAGCCUCUCGGUACCGCGGGACCAUUGAAGCUCGCCGAGAAGAUCCUUGGCAAAGACGAUGCACCUUUCUUCGUUCUCAACUCGGAUGUCAUUUGCGACUAUCCUUUCCAGGAGUUGGCAAAGUUCCACAAGUCGCACGGCGGCGAGGGUACCAUCAUCGUGACAAAGGUCGAGGAGCCGUCCAAGUACGGUGUGGUCGUGCACUCACCAGGUCACCCAUCUCGCAUUGACCGCUUCGUCGAGAAGCCCGUGGAAUUCGUGGGCAACCGUAUCAACGCUGGUCUGUACAUCCUCAACCCCUCAGUCCUCUCCCGCAUCGAGCUCCGCCCGACCUCGAUCGAGCAGGAGACUUUCCCCGCCAUGGUCAAAGAGGGUCAAUUGCACUCAUUCGACCUCGAGGGCUUCUGGAUGGAUGUCGGUCAGCCCAAGGAUUUCCUCAGCGGUACCUGCCUCUACCUGUCUUCGUUGACCAAGAAGGGCAGCAAACUGCUCUCGUCGACCUCCGAGGCCUUUGUCAACGGCGGCAAUGUCAUGAUUGACCCUUCGGCGAAGAUCGGACAAAAUUGCAAGAUCGGUCCCAAUGUCACCAUCGGACCGAAUGUCACCAUCGGCGACGGUGUACGCCUGCAGCGUUGCGUUUUGCUCGCAGGCAGCACCGUCAAGGAACACGCCUGGGUCAAGAGCACGAUUGUUGGCUGGAACAGCACCGUGGGCCGCUGGGCACGACUGGAGAAUGUGACCGUCCUCGGCGAGGAUGUCACCAUUGGCGAUGAGAUCUACUGCAACGGCGCUUCAGUACUGCCGCACAAGAGCAUCAAGGCCAACGUCGACAGCCCUUCCAUCAUCAUGUAGAAAAAAGAUUACGAUGGGUUCUCAGGAUCACGUGUUGGAGAGUGGACGAAAUCCCUUCUGGGCGGAG